AUGGCGACGACUCCAGCGGCGCUGUCGCUGCAGGACAUCGCUCGUGACGCGGCAGCGGGCGCGACCAUCAUAGAGUACAUGGAGUUGCGGGGAAUCAAAACCUCUGCAACCCUUGCCCUGAUCAGCAAAGACGAGCAAGACCUCGAGAAUACGUUAGUCCAACCCCUGCUCCAGGGUUGGCCAAGGGCCGAUGGAACCACACUGUCUGUGCCAGACUCCGACAAGCCCAUAGCAAGAGCAGUGAUCAUGCAUAUGUGGAUGAUGGCCCAGCAGAAUUACUGGGCCAUCUCACAGGCAGCAAUACGGCCGCUUCAAGCAGCAACACCGACAGCCACGACACCAUCGGCCUCCACGGCCACCGAAGACAAGGUGCCAAAGGCGUUGGCCCCUGGCCGUUGGGCCAAAUUGAUCCAGGAGUACCAGAGUCAACAGAUCGGCAAUGAGGACCGCAUCUUCCCGACACAAGAAGUGUUAGGUGCGGAGGCGAUCAUAGCACGGGUCUUGCACGAGCAUGAAGUCAGCAAGAUGUACACCCCGGUCCAGUUGGGUGAGAUCAUCUCCAUCCGAACCUUCCAGGCGAAUGGGGAACCCAAUCCCCUCGCCAAGAAGGACAGGAGUGUCACGAAAUUGACACUGACCGGAGAGCAGCUGGUGGCUACGCCAGAGGAGCCUUGGCAACCCAGGAGUGUCUUGGCAAUCCUGGAUGGACUCUCCAGCAUCAAGUGGUGCUACAUCCUGUGCAAGCUGGGCUCCGAACAGGCCAUUCAUGCAUUCUUUGACUGGUUGGUACGCUUGGUCAGGAGCAGACCAAACAAAACAGACCAGAUGGCACAGUUUUGGAUGUCCACUUCAUGGAAGCUGGCGCUUGACAUGAGAGCAGGCAAGACCUUCGUCGAGAGCACCACCACGCUCAUGAAGGACUAUGAUGCGUUCUCGGAAUGCAUGAGCCGAGAGCCCACACAGACACUCAAGCGGACACAAACGCCUCCGCCCACGCCAAAGAAUGAACAGAAAGGAUAUGGCAAGGGCAACACCAAGUCGGGCAAGAAUGCAAGAACGAACCCCUAUGGCCGCACACAGAAGCCAUGGGGUACACCGAACUCAGAUCGCGCUGACCAGAAAGCGCAGUGGCCAACCUCGCAGAGGACUGAUGACAAGAAUUGGAGCAAGGAGUCCUGGUCUUCGGACUGGCGGCAGAAGAUAGCAGAGCGGGUCAUUCUCCUCAGCUGCUUCGACGGCAUCGGGUCCUCCGCCCUAGCCCUGGCCGAAUUGGUGGACGGGAUUGACCUACACCUCUCUUGGGAAGUCGAUCCAGAUUGCCUGGCAAUCCUCCACAAACACCACCCAGAGGCCCAAGCUCGUGGCAACUUCUUGGAGGAUGACCCACAGGCUGUUGCUGACGCCAUCAUUCAACAUGACCCCACCGGGAAGCAGAUCGUAUUGUUCCUGGCUGCACCUCCAUGCCCAGAUUUUUCCAGAAUCCGGGAUGACGCCCCUGGAUCAGCAGGAGCUGAGGGUCAGAAAUUCACAGCGUACUGCGAUUUUGUGGCAGACAUUGAAUCGCGCAUACCUCACAGGCGCGUGGGUCAUUUGACAGAGAACGUGGUCAUGGAGAAGGGUGAGGCCGACUUCUUCGCCAAGAAGCUCAAAGGCAACACAGUCAUGGCAGACGCCCAGGACUUUGGCCUUAUCAGUCGACCCAGGUUGUGGUGGACACGAGUUGACUGGAGCCACAUCAAGGCGAGCCCAGUCACAGGGCAACGCCUCCAAUGGGGGAAGUCUCACAAGUUCUACAAGCUUCAACAAGAUGUUAAGCAUCAAGAAGAACAAGACCUCGACAUGGAUGGGAUGAGCCUUCACCCUGAUGUUGCGUCCCACAAGACCAGGAUCCCAUGUCUGACAACCCCAGCGCCCUGCGAAGGCGGACGCCCUCCACCAAAGAGAAUGAGGGGUACUAUUCCCCCGGACCAGAAGAUGCGGUGGCUCAAUGACAACCGCACCUACGCGCCCUGGCAAUACUCUGAAGAGGCCAUGGUAUUGUCUACCAAAGGUGAGUUACAUGUGCCAUCUGCAAAACUGAAAGAGCAGCUGCACCAGCUCCCACCCAACUACACGGAGGCAGACGGGGUGGCCGAAAGAUCCAGACAUCGGCUGCUGGGCAACGGGUGGCAUAUUGGCACAGCCAGGUUCAUGCUCAUGUUGGUCCUGCAGAUGAUCCUGACCAUUUCGGCAGAGGACAUUCCAACCUCACCUCGGAGAUCAGCACUGCAAAUGAUGCUGGAAGUUGUUGAGCGGUUCCCCCCGGCAGUGGGCCCGGGGCACUGGAACUGCGAGCCUGUGUGCGUGCCUCAGGCUGGAUCCAUGUGGGAGCAUUGGGAAAUGGCAUGCGGCGCCAUUCACCCUCUAGCCCACAGGCCACAGAUCGAACCAGGCUGGUCACAAUGCCUCGAAGUGCAACAGCUAAUUGGGGGCAGUCUCAACAAGCUACGACACGAAAUUGUGAAUGAGAUCCAGGAGCUCGCUGAUGAACGCAGCGAGGCUACUCGAGCAUGGUGGCAGCAGCUCCCAGCUCAUAUUGCCAACGUCUACUACAGCCAAGAACAUGACCAGAUUUCGCAGAUCCCGCUGCUCAUCGACCUUCUGCACCAGACAGGGAUGCCACAGCUGCCGGCUCUGGCACAUGAUCUCCAGCACGGAUUUGCCGUGACUGGCACCCUGAACCCGGGAGCGGGCUGGCUUCCCCGGGCAGAUCAACGAUAUGAGUUCCCGGUGAAGGAACUCCAAGAAGAAGUCCGGAAGGGACGCAUGUCAGGUCCGUACACUUCACCAUCAUGGUGGCCUAUGAGCAGCAUCGGCAUGGAUGACCGACAAAUGCUGCAGCUACCCAACGAAGAAGUGGCAUUCAGUUUCUGCUUCAGCGUCAGGCAGACUGACAAAGUCCGCCGCUGUGAAGAUUUCCGACGGUCUGGACACAAUUCAACGAUCGUGGCCUACGAUGUGCCGCACCAUCAUGACAUCAGAGCUUUCACGGCACUGGCACUGUGUCAAGAACAAACUGAUGUCCCGCCCAAAAUUUGGGCACAGGACCUCAACGGUGCAUACCGCCAAUUUCCAGUGCAAAAUCCGGACGACUGCUUCUGCGUCCUCAUGACCCCACGUGGACCGCUAGUACUGAGACACCACGCACUCAUGUUCGGUGCGACAAGCUCUGUUUGGAACUUCAACCGCGCUGCAGACAGCCUGGUGUUUCUCAGCAGGAGAUUGCUGGCAUGCACGGUCGGCCACUAUGUCGAUGAUUUCAUUGGAAUCGAAGCCUCCUCUCUGGUCGUCAGCGGGUAUGAUCAGUUUACCAGGCUCAUGCGGGUAUUGGGAUUCCGAAUGAAGGAGGCCAAAGCCCUUCCACCAGCCACGACGCAAAAGGUUCUGGGGGUCAACAUGACGCUGACAGAAGACGAGGUCAUAUUGGCACCACAUCCAACCAGAUGUGACAAGAUGAUCAAGAUCAUCCAGGAGGCCAUCCAAUCCAACGCAUUGUCACCAGACAAUGCCCACAGAAUGGCAGGAAAACUCACAUUCCUGACCUCAACACUUUUCGGACAAUUGGGGCGGGCCGCCCUGCAGCCCAUUUACGCCAGAGCUCAUGGCGCAUCUAGGGCGAACCAUUCUGAUGCACUCAAUGGUCCGUUGGCAGCCUCGCUACGGACAUUGGCCACAUUGCUCACGGAGAUCAGCCCAAGAACAAUCCCCAGAACGUGCCAGCAACCUGCCAUCGUCAUUUACACUGAUGCAUACUUCGUGCUCAAUGACAAACAGUACUCCUUGAGCGACGCCGACUCAGUGACGACAUGGAACAAGAAGGCAUGCCCGUACAUGGAGAACGGGUGGGGUUAUGUCAUACACCAUCAGGGUCAGACACGCUUCGGAGCGGGCCGAGUACCUCCUUGGCUCAUACAGAAGUUUUGUACCAGAAAGGCAUACAUCUACUUCCUGGAAGUGCUUGCACAGUUGAUCGCCUUCCUGGCAUGUCGAGACAUUGAGUCGAACCUGGUGAUCUCGUUCAUCGACAAUUCAUCGGGCUUCUUUGCAUUAAAGAAGGGUUACUGCAAGGAUGAAGCCAUCUGCAACCUGAUUGCGAUCACAUGGCGGCUCAUCGCCAUGAAAGGCUGGAACCUACACCUUGAAUGGGUCGCUUCACAACUCAACAUCAGCGACAAGGUGUCACGACAAACCUUCGAAGAGAUGUACCAGAUUGGGGCAAAGCAGGACUCUGUCUACACGGAAGCACUGUUCACAUGUCUGAAACAUGCAGCUGCAGACCACAACUACACUUAUGGUCCAGCUCUUCAAGACAUCAUGGCCAUUUCAGUCCUCCACACUCAGCACGGUCACACUGGAAAAGCGGGAGAUCUGGCGCCAGUGUGGCAUAAUGGCAACGCCAGAUGCAGAGGCUUGCAGACAGCUGAGACAGGGUCGACAGCCAAACCAGGCCAAAAAGGUGUGUCUGCA